AACCACGUCCGCACCGGGAAAGGAGGGCAUUGGGGCGGGGGCGGAGAGGCUGUGGGAGAAGGGAGGGACCAGAGGAGAGAGUGAGAGGGCUCGCGGAUCCAGUUCGCAGACUAAGCAGAAGAAAGAUCAAAAAACAGAAAAGAGGGGACGAGCAAACAGGCGCUUUCAAGAGCAAUCCCCUCAUCUCCAAGCGGACAACGGUCUAGGAAUCCAAACUCAGCGCCCACCGAAGACAAAGGCGCCCCAAGGGAGUGGCGGCACGACCCCAGGGCUUGGGCCCCACCGCGGAGCCCGCACGGCUGGCGGCCGGGACAGUCGCGGACCAUGUCUCCUGCCCCACGGCCCGCCGGCGGUCUGCUACUCCCCCUGCUCACGCUCGCCACCGCGCUCGCCUCCCUCAGCUCGGCCCAAAGCAGCUUCAGCCCCGAAGCCUGGCUGCAGCAGUAUGGCUACCUGCCCCCGGGGGAUCUGCGAACGCACACACAGCGCUCACCCCAGUCCCUCUCAGCUGCUAUCGCUGCCAUGCAGAGGUUCUACGGUCUGCGAGUGACGGGCAAGGCUGAUGCAGACACCAUGAAGGCCAUGAGGCGCCCCCGCUGUGGUGUCCCCGAUAAGUUUGGAGCUGAGAUCAAGGCCAAUGUUCGAAGGAAACGCUAUGCCAUCCAGGGCCUCAAAUGGCAGCAUAAUGAGAUCACUUUUUGCAUCCAGAAUUACACCCCCAAGGUGGGAGAGCAUGCCACAUUCGAGGCCAUUCGCAAGGCAUUCCGCGUGUGGGAGAGUGCCACACCACUUCGUUUUCGAGAGGUACCCUAUGCCUAUAUCCGAGAGGGCCAUGAGAAGCAGGCCGACAUCAUGAUCUUCUUCGCUGAGGGCUUCCAUGGUGACAGCACACCUUUCGAUGGCGAGGGUGGCUUCCUGGCACAUGCCUAUUUCCCAGGCCCCAACAUUGGAGGGGACACCCACUUUGACUCUGCCGAGCCCUGGACUGUCAGGAAUGAGGAUCUGAAUGGGAAUGACAUCUUUCUGGUGGCUGUGCACGAACUGGGCCACGCCCUGGGCCUUGAACAUUCCAACGAUCCCUCAGCCAUCAUGGCACCCUUUUACCAGUGGAUGGACACAGAGAACUUCGUGCUGCCCGAUGACGACCGCCGGGGCAUCCAGCAACUGUAUGGAAGUGAGUCAGGGUUUCCCACCAAGAUGCCCCCUCAACCCAGGACUACCUCCAGGCCCUCUGUCCCUGACAAGCCCAAAAACCCCACCUAUGGGCCCAACAUCUGUGACGGGAACUUUGACACCGUGGCCGUGCUCCGAGGGGAGAUGUUUGUCUUCAAGGAGCGCUGGUUCUGGAGGGUGAGGAAUAACCAGGUGAUGGAUGGAUACCCCAUGCCCAUCGGCCAGUUCUGGCGGGGCCUGCCCGCAUCCAUUAACACUGCCUACGAGAGGAAGGAUGGCAAGUUUGUCUUCUUCAAAGGAGACAAGCACUGGGUGUUUGACGAAGCUUCCCUGGAACCUGGCUACCCCAAGCACAUCAAGGAGCUGGGCCGAGGACUGCCUACUGACAAAAUUGAUGCUGCUCUCUUCUGGAUGCCCAAUGGAAAGACCUACUUCUUCCGGGGAAACAAGUACUACCGUUUCAACGAAGAGCUCAGGGCAGUGGACAGCGAGUACCCCAAAAACAUCAAGGUCUGGGAAGGAAUCCCUGAGUCUCCCAGAGGGUCAUUCAUGGGCAGCGAUGAAGUCUUCACUUACUUCUACAAGGGGAACAAAUACUGGAAAUUCAACAACCAGAAGCUGAAGGUAGAGCCAGGCUACCCCAAGUCAGCCCUGAGGGACUGGAUGGGCUGCCCCUCAUCGGGGGGCCGGCCAGAUGAGGGAACUGAGGAGGAGACAGAGGUGAUCAUCAUCGAGGUGGACGAAGAGGGUGGCGGGGCAGUGAGCGCGGCCGCCGUGGUGCUGCCCGUGCUGCUGCUGCUCCUGGUGCUGGCCGUGGGCCUCGCCGUCUUCUUCUUCAGACGCCAUGGGACCCCUAAACGACUGCUCUAUUGCCAGCGUUCCCUGCUGGACAAGGUCUGACCCCCACUGCCGCCCGCCCACUCCUACCACGAGGACUUUGCCCCCGAAGGCCGGUGGCAGCAGGUGGUGGUGGGUGGGCUGCUCCCACCUGUCCCGAGCCCCCUCCCUACCCUGCCCCCCACUUCCCUUCUUUUCUGUCCCACGGCUGCCUCUCUCAACCUCAACCCUGGCAUUGCUUCUUCCCUAGAUGGGUCCCCUGGGGGCUGAUCAGGGGCCGCCCCUUCCAGCCCCUGCCCCUCCCCCCCCCCCGGGGGGCCUCUGUAGCUUGGUGUGUGUCCAGCCCCAUCUGAAUGUCUUGGCUCUGCACUUGAAGGCAGAACCCUCGGACCUCGCUGGCAAAGGUCAAAUGGGGUCAUCUGCUCCUUUUCCAUCCCCUGAUGUACCUUCAACCUCUGAACUCUGACCUCAUGAGGCUCUGGGCACUCCAGCCCCACGAGCCCCCAGGCGCACCCCGUUGGCAGCUUCCUACCACUCUUUCCGGCUAAAAGGAAUAUAAUUUUGCUGUGGGGGGAGACCCUGAGAGAGUAGGAAUGGGUGGGGGCUGCACAGCUACCCUAAGACCUUGGGAGGAAAGCUCAGAGUCAGUCCUCUCUGCAAAGAUCUGCCUCUGCUGCGCCUGGCCCCAAGAACUUCCCCAGAAGGAGCCUGAGCCAUUAAGGGGCUGUAGAAACCCUUGACGGCCCUACCUCCACAAAUGUUAGCUUCAGCCAGGGAUGUCAAGGUUAGAGAAGCUGAGACCAGGGGGUGCAGCUACCGGGGUGGUGUGGGGCCAAGGACAGAGACUGUCUGGAGCCCUGGGGGUCAGCCUGAAGGCCACAGAGAAAGAAUCUUGCUCAAAUGCAGGCAGCUGGGGUAGGGACCAAGGAACAGAGCAGUCAGAGGGGACAAGACAGGACCAAAAGGCUAACAGGGAGGUGCAGUGGGAGUGGAUGGCCAGGGGCCGGGCAGGCCAGGCCAGCAGGGACACAGCAAGGUGGACUGUGGUACCCAGGGAAGGGCAUGUUUUAUUGGAGCUCUCAGGAAGGGCCCGAGAGAGGCACACCUACUCACACACCUCCUCCACUUUGGUGCCCUUCCUCCAACCAGAGUACAUGUAUGGGAAGGGUGGGGAGCCCGGAGAAAGCAGCAGAGACAACACACAUCCAGGGACUGGUGACUUGGGACCUUAAUGAGGGCGGCCACCUAGUUAGGGAGGUGACUGACCAGGGGCUGGCAAUGCUCAGCCAGCAGCCUCAGCUGGCCUCAGUGAGACGGCAGGUGCCUGGAUGAGUCUCAGUCAGGUUAGCCCCUCACUUCCUGAUGCCCCUGCCCCUCAGCCCAUCCUACCGGUGUCCUGCCUCCUCUCCCCCACCCAGUCCACCCAUUUGAAGUCUCCUUUGGCCACCACAGGUGGUCAUGGUACCGGGGACUUGGGAGAGUGAGACCCUGUGGGGGCAGUGAGAGGAGAGGGACGUCAGGGGUGGGAGGUUAUGGGGGGUGGGGGGAGCGUGGGAUGAACGGUGCUGGCAGUUCGGCUAAAUUUGUCUUGUUUGGGUUUUUUGUUUUGUUUAAUGUAUAUUUUUAUUAUAAUUAUUAUAUAUGAAUUCCCUUCAAAUCGUUCCUUUUUGUUAACAAGGGGCAUGGGAAGGGUGGGGGUGGGGGGACAGAGGCAUCCGACCCCAGGAACCUGCAGGGCGGGGCUGGGUCAGUGCCCUCUAAGGACAUUUUUGACCUUGUUCAACCUUUCCACGAAGAAUAAAUGGUGUUUCACAUUC